AUGUCAAAACCACACUCAAAAAUAGUUCAGGGUGAAGAUGAUGAGGAAGAUGACUAUGAUGAAGAAGAAGAAGAAGAUGAAGAAGUAGAAGAAGUAAUAGAUAGUAAACAACAACAACAACAAUCAUCAUCUCGUAUUGUAGCUGGUGAAGAAGAUGAAGAAGAAGAUGAUGGUGAAGUAGAGUAUGAAAAGGUGGAAGAAGGAGAGCAACAACAACAAUAUCAAGAAGGUGAAGAAGAUGAUGGUGAAGUAGAGUAUGAAGAGGUGGAAGAAGAGGAGCAACAACAACAAUAUCAAGAAGGUGAAGAAUAUGAAGAAUAUGAAGAACAAGAAGAAUAUAAUGAAGAAGAGCAAAUGGCUGGUAGUGAUCUAUUGAGUUUUAUUCAGGAUUUGGAAGUCACCAAAGGUGAUGCUACUUCUGAUGCUGUUGCUGACUUCAAUCCAAUGUCACCAGAUACUGCCGACAACAAUAGUGAUAGUAUCAUUGUAAAUCAUAGUAGUGUAGAGAGUGAACAAUCGUUAUUGGCUGAACAGUUAGAGAUUAAAAGACAAGCUGAGGAAGCAGAGCAAAAGCGUUUGGCUGAAGAGGAAAAGAGACUUGCUGAAGCCGAACAACUAAGAUUAGCAGAAGAGAAACGUUUAGCCGAGGAAGCCGAGCAAAAGAGAUUGGCUGAAGGAGCCGAACAACUAAGAUUAGCAGAAGAGAAGAGACUUGCCGAAGAAGCUGAACAACUAAGAUUAGCAGAAGAGAAGAGACUCGCAGAAGAGAAGCGCUUGGCUGAGGAAGCUGAACAACUGAGAUUGGCAGAAGAAAAGAGACUUGCAGAAGAAAAGAGACUUGCAGAAGAGAAGCGCUUGGCUGAAGAAGCUGAACAACUAAGAUUAGCAGAAGAGAAGAGACUUGCAGAAGAGAAGAGACUUGCCGAAGAAGCUGAACAAAAACGAUUGGCCGAAGAAGCAGAGCAACUCAGAUUGGCUGAAGAGCAACGUUUGGCAGAAGAAAAGAGACUAGCAGAAGAAGCUGAACAACUAAGAUUAGCAGAGGAGAAGAGACUGGCUGAGGAAGCCGAACAACUUAGAUUGGCUGAAGAGAAACGUUUAGCUGAGGAAGCAGAGCAAAAGAGAUUGGAAGAAGAGAAACGUCAAGAAGAGGAAAAGAGACUUGCUGAAGAAGCCGAACAAAAGAGAUUAGCAGAGGAGAAGAGAUUGGCUGAAGAAGCAGAGCAAAAGAGAUUAGCAGAAGAGAAGCGUUUAGCGGAAGAAGCAGAACAACUCAGACUGGCAGAGGAGAAAAGACUUGCUGAUGAAGCUGAACAAAAGAGACUGGCAGAAGAGAAACGUCUAGCUGAUGAAGCUGAACAGCUCAGAUUAGCAGAAGAGAAACGUCUAGCAGAAGAAGCCGAGCAACUCAGACUGGCAGAGGAGAAACGUUUGGCUGAAGAAGCAGAACAAAAGAGAUUGGCUGAAGAGAAACGUUUGGCUGAAGAAGCCGAACAACUCAGACUGGCAGAGGAGAAACGUCUAGCAGAAGAAGCCGAACAACUGAGAUUGGCAGAAGAGAAGAGACUAGCAGAAGAGAAGCGCUUGGCUGAAGAAGCUGAACAACUCAGAUUAGCUGAAGAGAAACGUUUGGCAGAAGAAAAGAGACUAGCAGAAGAAGCUGAACAAAAGAGAUUGGCUGAAGAGAAACGUUUGGCUGAGGAAGCUGAGCAAGAGAGAUUGGAAGAAGAAAGACGUUUGGCAGAUGAGAAGAGACUUGCUGAAGAAGCCGAACAACUCAGACUGGCAGAGGAGAGACGUUUAGCUGAAGAAGCCGAACAACUGAGAUUGGCAGAAGAGAAACGUUUAGCUGAAGAAGCUGAACAACUCAGACUGGCAGAGGAGAAACGUUUGGCUGAAGAAGCAGAACAAAAGAGAUUGGAUGAAGAGAAACGUUUGGCUGAAGAAGCUGAACAACUCAGAUUAGCAGAAGAGAAACGUCUAGCAGAGGAAGCCGAGAAGAGAUUAGCCGAAGAGAAGCGAUUGGCAGAAGAAGCAGAGCAACUCAGAUUAGCAGAGGAGAAGCGCUUGGCAGAAGAAGCAGAACAACUCAAAUUAGCUGAAGAGAAGAGACUUGCUGAACAAAAAAGAUUAGCUGAGGAGAAACGUUUAGCAGAAGAAGCCGAGCAGCUCAGAUUGGCAGAAGAGAAGAGACUCGUUGAAGAGGCUGAACAACACAGAUUAGCAGAGGAGAAACGUUUGGCCGAAGAAGCUGAACAACUCAGAUUGGCAGAGGAGAAAAGACUUGCUGAUGAAGCUGAACAAAAGAGACUGGCAGAAGAGAAACGUCUAGCUGAUGAAGCUGAACAGCUUAGAUUAGCAGAGGAGAAAAGACUUGCUGAAGAGGCCGAACAAAAGAGAUUGGCAGAGGAGAAACGUCUGGCUGAAGAAGUCGAGCAACUCAGAUUAGCAGAAGAGAAACGUCUAGCUGAAGAAGCCGAGCAAAAGAGAUUAGCUGAGGAGAAACGUUUAGCCGAGGUAGCCACGCAAAAGAGAUUGGCUGAAGAGAAGCGAUUAGCAGAGGAAAAGAGACUUGCUGAAGAAGCUGAGCAAAAGAGAUUAGCUGAGGAGAAACGUUUAGCCGAGGUAGCCAUGCAAAAGAGAUUGGCAGAAGAGAAGAGACUUGCUGAAGAAGCUGAACAACUCAGAUUGGCAGAGGAGAAAAGAAUAGCUGAAGAAGCUGAACAAAAGAGACUGGCAGAAGAGAAGAGACUUGCCGAAGAAGCUGAAGAAAAGAGAUUGGCUGAAGUGGCACGUUUAGCCGAAGAAAAGAGACUUGCCGAAGAAGCUGAACAUAAGAGGUUGGCGGAGGAAGCUGAGCAAAAGAGAUUGGCAGAAGAAGAAGAACUAAAGAAGAAGGAUGUAGAACAAACACCAGCAUUAAUACCACCAAAGAAAGCACAUGAACCAAUAUCAAAGAUUGUCUCUGGUGAAGAUGACGAUGAAGAUGAAGACGAUGAUGAUGACACCGAGUCUGAAAACACCAUCUCUCUUAAAUCCGAUCAUAGUGAAAAUACCAAUAGCACCAAAUCAGAUAGCAAUACUAGCAAUACAAGUAAUAGUAACAACAAUAAUAAUAACACUAGUUCAUCACCAUCCAAUCCACUGCAAGCACUCGUUAAUUUGGUGACAUCAAAGAAACCACCCAUUCAAUCUACACAACAACAAUCAUCAUCAUCAUCAUCAACAUCACCAACAUCCAAUUCAAACAACUCUGUUGUUGUUCCACCUAUUAAAUUACCAACAACUUCUACCAAUAACACAACAACAAGUAGAAAGAAAUCAUUUUCAAAAUCAGAUAUUCCAUUGCCAAUAUUACAAUUCCUGAUGAGUGACGAAGAAAGACUGACACUCAGCAGCAGAGGAACAUCUCCCAACACCACCUCUUCAUCUAUAUCACAACCAACGACACCACGUGAAGAAAAAGAGUUUUUAGAUCCAAAACAAGUUGCACAGUAUUCAGAUUUAAUGGAUCCAUGUGUAAGAGAAAAGAAUCUAGCAGCCAAGAAUUCAGAUACACAUAUUCAAAUACAAAGAAGAUGGUGUGAAAUAUUUAAGAGCCUGACCAAAGAGUUGGGUACAUUGGAAUCAUCUUUACAAAGCACAAGAACCGUCUUGCACGAAACAUCGAGACAAACCAAGAAUAACAUUCGUGACAUCGAAACCUCUCUAAACAAUAUAUGUAUAUCACCAUUCUUUUAA